AUGGAAUAUUUAAUUUACUCUAAACUUUUAAAAAACUCUAAAAAUGACGAAUUGUUUUGGCCAAAGGAAUCCAAGAAGCCAACCACUGAAUCAAUCAAGUACAGUCCACCAUCAAUUAAAUCAUUCUACAAUACAGCAGAUCUAAUUAAUGAUAUUGGAUUUCCAAACAAACAAGAAUCUGGUUCUAUAUUAAGAUAA